UGUUCUUUUGUCUCUUUGAUAUAGCACAUUGUUUUGAGAGGAUCAAGUCGAGAGUACUCAUGGAGGCUAAAAAUGAUAGUCCGGGUCCUUUUCCGAUGGGCGAAACUCCACAGGAGAAAGGUGGUUUUGAUCAUGUUCCUAAAUCUUACUACGUUCCGCCUCUAAAUAGGCCUAGUUUGACGACCGAAUCGACCGGUCAUGAUAUUCCGGUUAUUGACCUGGAUGGACUGACCAAUAAUCCUGCUCGUCGAUCACCCAUUAUUGAAGACAUCUCAAAAGCUUGCAAGGAUGUUGGCUUCUUUCAAAUUGUCAACCACGGGAUAUCCCAGAGAGUUCUGGACGAUGCUCUUUCAGCAGCUUUCAAAUUUUUUAAUCUCUCAAACAAGGAGAAGAGCAAAUUCAUGUCCAAUGACGUCCAUAACCCCGUGAGAUACGGAACAGGCAUAAAAGAUGGAUUGGAUAAGAUUCAAAACUGGAGGACAUUUCUCAAACACUAUGCGAACCCUCUUGAUCAAUACAUUUCACUCUGGCCCGAAACUCCACAGGAAUACAGGGAAAAGAUGAGUGAAUACUCAAAAGCGGUGCAUAAAUUAGGAGUCUCGCUCAUGGAAGCCAUCACUGAGAGUUUGGGCCUUGGCCCGGCUUACAUGAGUGCCAAAAUGGAAGAAGGAAGCCAGACGAUUGUGGUUAACUGCUAUCCACCAUGCCCACAGCCGGAUCUCGCAUUAGGAUUCUCGCCGCAUUCCGACUACUCGUGCGUAACCAUCGUCCUUCAGAGCUCCUCUGGCCUCCAAAUUCAGGACCCGUCCGACGGGAAAUGGAGCGAUGUCCCGAAUAUUCACGGCGCUUUACAAGUUAACGUCGGUGAUUGCGUGGAGGUUCUGAGCAAUGGGAUGUAUAAAAGCGUUAUUCAUAAGGUCAAACUCAGCUCUGAUACCACCAGAGUAUCAAUUGCUAGCCUUCAUAGCCUGGCGCUGAAUGAGAAAAUGGAAACUGCCCCUGAACUUGUGAAUGAACAAAACCCGAAAGGUUACAGAGAGAGCAGUUUCGAAGAAUUACUGGAUUUCAUUUCUAAGAAUGAUAUUACUGAUGGGAAGUUUUUCAUUGAUACUCUAAGGCUUAAACGUAAUGAUUAGUUACUUUCCGCUUCGGCUUUGGCUUUUCAAGAAUGGCACCCUUUAAAAAUGUUGCACAAGUGGUAAGUCCUGGUUUUGCACUAUUUUCUCGACGACGGGCCAGUGCAAUAUUAAAUCUUCAAGUUCCUAAAAAUGGGUUUCUUUUCUUUUCUUAAAUAGAAUGAGAUGAAGUGUUGUUGUUUCUUCUUUUUCUCGGGAAAAAUUAGUUAGCAGCACUUAAAAUAAGAGUCAACAAAGAAGGAAUGUAUAGAAUAAUACUCCACUCAUUCCGAAAUAAUUGUCUUCAAUUUGAUUUUUUAAUAUUAAUAUAAAUUGUACUAAAAGCGACCAAACUGAAUUAUUAUUUUGGGAUAGAGUAGUAUUAAGUAUGUAACUUUUUAAAUUUUGUUUUUGUUUUUUUGUCAGUGUCUACAAC